UCGGUUCGGUUCGAUUCGGUCAGUGAGAGCAGCAGCGGUCGUAGGUCGUCGUCUCGGUUUUUUUUUUUUUUGUUUUACAUUGUUAUUGGAGGCGCCGCCGCUCGAUAUUCGUGGCGCAGCAGCAGCAGCAUCGACAUCGACAUCGAUCCUCUCAGUGUGAAAUGCUAAGCAAAAGUGCAAAUACAAUCAAACGCAAUUGCAAAUGCAAUUCAAUUGCGCGAAUCCUGAAAAGGCACAAAAAGAAAGUUUGAAGCUUAAAAAAAGAAACAGAAAAAACAGAAAUUGAAUAAAAUUUAAAUGUGUGCAAAAGUAAGUUAAUCGCAAAAACAACAAAAACACAGUGACAAAAACGAAAAGAAGAGAAAAGCAGACGAUAAGCAGAGACGAAAAAGUAAAACAGAAAAUCAGUAAAGGAGAAAAGUGACAGUGAAUGAUGUUGAGAGCGCCCACACAGCACAUCGUGGAACUCGGCUUCGGAACGAAAACCCCAACAACAACAACGUCGACGGCAGCAGCGACAGCGGCAGCGGCAGCCAGCGGAAAGCAGCAGCAGCAGCAUCGCAGCAAGACUUCUCUGUUGCAAAAGCUCAGGCAUCAGCAGCAAAAGCUCCAACGACAGCUGACAUCGCCACACGGAGAGGCAGAGGCCGAGGCAGAAGCAGAAUAUUAUUUCCAGCAUCAGCAGCAGCAGCAGCGGCAGCAACAGGCACCUUCGCCACACUCGAGCGACAAGUGUCUUCUGUUGCUCGCGGCGACCAUAGCAGGCGGAGAGGAGGCAUUGCCGCUGAAGACCAAGAAGAAGAAGGAGUCCUGCAGCUACAAUCUAGCAGCAGCCCUAAGGCGCCACAAGAAGCCAAAGACAGCGACAACGAUAGUCGCCACAGCCACAUCACCGGUGGCACCAACAGCAACGGCAACGGCAGCGGCAGCGUCAGCCGCAACCUCAACAGACGACGACGACAGUUGUCGCAGCAUCAGCAGCGGCAGCAGUCUCUCAAACAGUUGCAUUAACCAUCAUAGCAGCACGCCUUAUAGAGACACAAGUGGCAACAACAACAACUACCUAAGUAAUUACAAUUGCAAAACCAGCGAGCAACAGCAAACAGCAGCAGCAACAGCAACAGCAACAGCGUGGAAAGCAACAACACAGCCACAACAACAGCAACAACAGCUGCUCAUUAACAGGUCAGGAAGCGGCAACAACAGCAGCAGCAGUGGCCCCACAUCGAUCAUGUCACCCACAUCGCAGGCGCCCACCCGAACCUCGCUCUUCGAUUCCUGCCACCGCAAGAUCCGCCUCAUAGGCGGCGGUCCAGUGGCCUUUCUCGGCGGCCUCGUUGCCAAGGCCCGUCGCAAAGAACGCGAUGGCGAUCAAAAUUCAACAGACACCAAACUGUAUUUGGAGGAGAGUGUCCUAGAACGUAAAUUACCUGAAGCUGAUCUCAAAGCCUUGGUGGAUCUACCCGCAGGCUUGGACUACAAUGAAUGGCUGGCGUCACACACCCUGGCUCUCUUCGAGCAUGUAAAUCUGGUAUACGGAACUAUUAGUGAAUUUUGUACACAAUCCGGUUGCGCAGACAUGACUGGACCUGGCAACAGAACGUACUUAUGGUUCGACGAGAAGGGCAAGAAGACGCGCGUGGCGGCGCCCCAGUACAUCGACUACGUGAUGACGUUCACGCAGAAGACGGUCAGCGAUGAGUCGAUAUUCCCAACCAAAUACGCGAACGAGUUCCCCGGCUCGUUCGAGUCGAUCGCGCGGAAGAUCCUACGCUUGCAAUUCCAUGUGAUAGCGCAUCUGUAUGCGGCGCAUUUCCGAGAAAUCGCGCUGCUCGGCUUGCACACCCAUCUAAAUCUGACCUUUGCGCACCUCACCGCCCUGCAUCGGCGCUUCAACCUGAUCGACGAGAAGGAGACGGAUGUGCUGCGCGAUCUGGAGGUUGCAUUGCGCCUCACCGACGACACCAGCGGCCAGGAUUCGUCCUCGUCGGUGCACGAGCACUCCUCCUCCUCAUCCUCGCCGCCAGUCGUCGGAGCCACAGCAACAGCCGCUGGUGCCUCCGGCUGCACCGAGCAGCAUCAGCAGCAUCAGCAUCAGCAGCAGCACAACAAUAGCAGCGGCACCAGCAACAGCACCUCCCCCGCGGAGGCGCUGCACGUCAAUUCACAAAGCAACAGCAACAGCCACACCACAACCGCCUCGGCGUCAGCCUCCCUCAUCGACGGGGACUCUGCGGCGCCGCCCAUCUGCACCCAGCCGGAGGCGGGAGCGGGCUGCAAGCCGGCCGGCAGCAGUGGCCUGCUGGGCGGCAUACUGGGCGACCUGACCAGCGGCGAAUUCGGUGAUACUACGCGGUACUGCACCUCGGCGGUUCCACAGGCGGCGGCGUCGUCGUCAGCGUCUGCGGCGGGACCAGGAGCGGACGGCGCUGCCUCAGCGGCCCUGAACAAUGGCGCGGGCGCACUACAUUUAAACUUUAGCAACAAUAAUAACAAUAACCACAAUCUGAACCACUUGAACCAUCACCACCACCAUCACCACCAACAGCACCAUCACCAGCACCACCCACACGGGCAUCACGGCCACCAGGGGCAUCAUCAGGCGCCGGCGUCCACAACUGUGCCGCACAGUGGCCUCAUACAGUGCAAUGCGGCGGGCGCUGUGGGUGCGUCCGCAGGCGGUGGUGGCAAUGCGGUGAGUGCCGCCACCGGGGGUGCCACAUCCGCGUCCUCAACGGCAUAGGGAGCAGCAAAACGGCAAGCAGCAAAACAGCACCAGCGGCAGCAGCAGCAGCAGCAGCCACAAAAACAACAACAAAAAACAUUAGAAAUACUAGAAUUACGCAAAAAUGUUAUUUAAUGUUACUUCUAUGAUCCUAAAGUUGAAAAUAUUGUAAAAAAAAUAAAAAAAAAUCAAACAAAAAACAGAAAAAAGAGAAAACAAAAAACGUAAACGCAAAGAAAGAGCCACAAUUAUGCAAACACAAACGAGAGAGAGAGAGAGAUGUAGAGAGAGAUGAAUAUUGUGAGACAUUAUUAUAAAGCCGCAAAGUGUUGGCAUCCGUAGUUCCGUAAGCCGGGUAGCACGUUGAUCUAGAUAUGUACGAUAUACCCUACUGUAUAGAAAGAGCUGCAAGCAAGCAUAGUGUUUAGAGAGUUGUCGCAGUUGAGCCUCCUCGCUUCUGCUUCUGAUAGUAUUUUAGCCGUCAACCUACUUCUUCAAAAAAAACAAAAAACCGCCUUCAAGGCAGCAAAAAAGGGCGCCCCCCAGAGCCGCAAAUAAACCUAUCUAAAACGAGAGUCCAAUGGAAAAUGUAUAAAAAUCCCGAUACGAAAAACGUACUAUAUCCAACUCCAAACCAAAACCAAAACUAAAACCAAAACUCCAUAACUUUUAAUGAUGUUUCUCUGGAUGCCUCUGAUUUCCUAGAUUCCGUAGGGGAAUCAUCCACCCGCUUAAGAUAGAUGAUAGAAGGGAAAGGAUUUUACAAGGACAUACACUAAAUUUUAUAUAAUAAUAGGCUCAACCCAAGUAUUUAACCAAUGUUCUAGAAUGUUUAAGUAUGCGUUAAAUUGUUUGAAAUUCUUUUCGCUAGAGAACUGAAUUCGCAUCGUGUGAUAGAGUAGUGCACACUGCUCGUGGCAAAUAGAGAUUGUAAUUCUUUCUGUCCCAUCUGUUGAUCGAUUUUUCAAAAAUAUACACAUGCAUAUGUAUGUAUGUACGAGUAUGUCCGCGAUUCUCCACCAUUUUCCAACGAACGAUGCAACAUUUCUCUAUGUACUUUACUGUACUUUACUUAACUGCUGAUAUCUGAUCGGGAGGAAAUAAAUAAACACAAACAAAGUAUGGCACGUAUGUAUUCCACACGUAUGUAUCCACUUAUGUACAUGCAUUCCACUUAACGACGCGAGCCGCAGAGCAUGCACCAAAGAUUCACCGUUCACCGACUCGGCGCGGCCGCCUACAAGUAUGCACGAAAUAUUUUACCCAAAAACACACACACAAGCAGCUAAUGAUACUUGUAUGUUGUAUAGUAUUGUGUUGUGUUGUGUUGGUCGUCCCUUCCUGUCCCCCCCCCACCCCACCCACUACCAUCCCCAACAAAGAACGAAUGGCAAUGUAAAACGAUUACUUUACAAGAAAACACAAAUGUUCGGUAUAGAAUUUUAGAAGCUAA